AUUUCUACUUUCAAUCCAUAUCUCAAGGAGAUCUGCCGGUCGCCRUCUCUCUUCCCCACCAACGCUAACCUGGCUCAUGCUAAACAAGGUCUGCUGGGUGACUGCUGGUUUCUCUGUGCGUGCACCUUCCUGCUCAAGAACCAGCAUCUUUUAGACAAGGUGUUUCCUCCUGGCCAGCCCCAGUGGGGCAGCAGCAAGUACAGGGGCUCCUUUCGGUUUCUCAUCUGGCAGCAGGGCCACUGGACAGAGGCCUAUGCCAAGCUCCAUGGUUCAUACGAGCAGCUCUGGGCCGGACAGGUGUCGGAGGCCCUCGUGGAUCUGACCGGCGGUGUCGCCGAGCGCUGGAGCCUGAGGGAGUUUGGUUCAGACGAGGAAGAACGGCAAGCRGAGCCGGACAGUGAUCAAGUCAGGAGGAAAAAGCUGGACCUGAACCUCCUGUGCUGUGUGAAAGAAGAGUGUGCAUUGAGCUGCUCCACCCACAGCACUCCUGGAGGACUCGGUGAGCUGGAUCAGCACCACGCUCUGACUGUGAUGGAGUGGUUGGACGUGAGRAAGGUGUCAGGGAGUGAAGUGCGGCUGCUCAGGAUCAGAAAUCCGUGGGGACGAUGCUGCUGGGCAGGUGCUUGGACUUGGAGCGGUAUUGGUUGGAGUUUCCUCGACCCAGUUUGCGCUGCGGAACUGCGAGCCCGAACAGCAGAGGGCGAAUUCUGGUUAGACGAGGCCGAGUUUACGUCUCAGUUUGAUGACAUCACAGUGGGAUAUCCAAUUGGCAAAGAUGGACUCUUGAARAGUGUUUACACAGGAACCCUUCUCUCACACAGCCACCAGCUGGCUAGCCGGUGGAUAAAAGGCCACUCUGCUGGCGGAAGCCGAAACACCAGCAGCUACAGCAGCAAUCCCAAGUUUUGGCUCAGAGUGUGCGAGACGGGCGAGGUUCUCGUGUCCUUGCUGCAGCAUCGAAAACGCAGAAACACGGAAAAAUACGCACAAGCGGACCYGGAGGACAGCAGUAACACAAAGCACCAGCAUUACCAAGCUAUUGCYCUACAUAUGUGGAAGGUGGAAAAGAAGCGUUUCAGUCUGAGCCGGAUGUUAAACAAAYCGCCUUGUGCUUCUACUCACUGCCAUUCCUACGAGAGAGAGGUGGUCCUGUGCCGGCCGCUGGAGCCUGGAUACUACCUCCUCAUUCCCAGCACCUACCAGCCAGGAGCCGAGGCCCGCUUCCUCAUCCGGGUCUUUUCCUCCUCCGCCACGUCACUCAGUGCCCUAAAAAGCCCAGCGCCCUCACUGCCACUGACGUCAGAUGGUGAGUGGGAGACCAGCUUCUUCCGCGGCUCGUGGAUAGAAGGAAGGACRGCAGGAGGAAGCAGGAACUUCCCGUCGUACUGGCAGAACCCCUGCUUCCCUUUUGCAGUGUGUGAUGAGCCAGCACUGACAUCUGGAGUUAAUGUCAGGAUUACUCUGCACCAGAGCCGCCCUGACACCGAUUUGCAUCCCAUUGGUUUCCACGUUUACAAGGUACUGCAGGUGGAGUCAGAACAGAUSGCAGCCAAAGAAAAGGAUCCUGUGAUCAGCUGCGUYCCGCACUGUUACACCCAAGAUGUCAGUCUGACCUGCACUCUUCCUCCUGGAUCCUACACCGUAGUGCCGUCCACUUAUCAGCCCGACUGCUCAGCAAAGUUUAUAAUCAGCCUGGCUAGAAAAAUACACAGGAAAGUGGUGAAAAGUCAGGAAAAGCUCGGGAGUGCCAUUCACGAGGUCUCUCACAUCUCUGUGAUGAAAACCUAGUUCUCUGGGACUGACGUCAGCCCACCACGCCGUGCCUCUUGGCCCACGAUGAAACGCCCGGUUGCACCGUCAGUGCCGACCACAGAAAGCAUGACUGUGUUUGUGUUUGUAUAUAUGGACCAUGAGCGGCUGGCCAGGCAGGGG